UUGUCAUUGACCACGCUCGGUUUACCUGUGGAUUACGCGGUGGAUUAAUGAACGAUGGACAAUAUGGAUUAAUAAUCGGAUUAAUGCUUUGCAGCACGGCUCGUCUGUACGCUGCUUCCACAUUAGCUCUGCGAUGUUUCAGGCGCUGCGGACGGCGUUACUACCGCGCGCUGGUUGCAGCUUCUGGGAUGCCGGCAGUGAGCGCUCCUACCAGGAGCUGUUUGAUAAACUCGACACCAACAAUGAUGGCAAGGUGGAUGUGGCUGAGUUACGAGCGGGCCUUAAGAAGAUGGGGAUGUUCCGCCACGGUGCUGCACAGAAGAUUGUUUUAACUGGAGACCAGAACCAGGAUGGCUGUUUGGACUUCACCGAGUUCACCAAAUAUCUGAAAGACCAUGAGAUGAAGCUGCGGCUGACGUUCAAGAGUCUGGACAGGAACAACGACGGGCGCAUCGAUGCCUCGGAGAUCCAGCAGGCGCUUGCAGAACUGGGCAUAGAAAUCAACAGGGAGGCUGCUCAAAAGAUUUUGCAGAGCAUGGACAUCGAUGGGUCCAUGAUGGUCGACUGGAAUGAGUUUAGAGAACACUUCCUGCUCUACCCUGCCUUCAACCUGGAAGAAAUCAUUCGCUACUGGAAACACUCCUUAGUGCUGGAUAUAGGAGACAGUCUUUCCAUCCCGGACGAAUUCACAGAGGAGGAGAAGAGCUCGGAUGUCUGGUGGAAGCAGCUCGUUGCAGGUGCAGCAGCAGGCGCCGUCUCCCGCACUGGCACCGCCCCCCUGGACAGACUCAAGGUCUUCAUGCAGGUUCAUUCAUCCAAAACCCACAGGAUCAAUCUGAUUGGAGGCUUCAGGCAGAUGAUCAUGGAGGGUGGUCUGAUGUCACUGUGGAGAGGAAAUGGAAUCAAUGUUUUAAAGAUCGCGCCUGAGACGGCCAUCAAAUUCAUGGCUUAUGAACAAUAUAAGAAGCUGCUGUCAUCAGAGGGAAAGAAGAUUGAGACACAUAAGAGGUUUAUCGCCGGCUCUAUGGCUGGAGCCACAGCACAGACGGCCAUCUACCCAAUGGAGGUGCUAAAAACUCGCCUGACCUUGAGGAAAACUGGCCAAUAUGCAGGAAUGUUUGACUGUGCAAAGAAGAUCCUGAGGAAGGAGGGAGCCAUUGCUUUCUAUAAGGGCUACGUUCCAAACUUAAUUGGCAUUAUUCCCUACGCUGGUAUAGACCUCGCUGUUUAUGAGACUCUAAAGAACACCUGGUUGUCGUAUCACGCCAAAGACUCGGCUAACCCUGGAGUUCUGGUGUUGCUGGGUUGUGGGACCAUCUCCAGUACUUGUGGCCAGCUGGCCAGCUAUCCUCUCGCACUCGUACGCACACGGAUGCAGGCGCAAGCGUCUCUGGAUGUGUCAGACCAGCCCUCCAUGAGCUCCUUGUUGAGGACAAUCGUAGCCAAAGAUGGCUUCUUUGGGCUCUAUCGUGGCAUCCUGCCAAACUUCAUGAAAGUCAUCCCUGCUGUCAGCAUCAGUUAUGUGGUUUAUGAGUACAUGAAGACUGGCUUAGGAAUCUCAAAAUAAGCGUGAACAAAAAGAGGAUCAUUUAGUGUUUUAUCAGACUUGGAAAAAAGCCUGCAAAUAAAAAAAAUUCCAAAACGACAGACGGACAUCCAACGUAAAGAGCAUGACUUCAUCGGACGGAAGGCUGUAUGGUUUUUUUAGAGCUGCCUGCCAGUAGUGUUUUAAUCAGUUGUGGUGUGCAUGCUUCUUUUAUUAUCCUAAAGUUGCACAUAACACACUCUCUACUUUUACACUUUGUCCCAAACAAUAGAUGACACACACACACACACACACACACACACACACACACACACACACACACACACACACACUUCUGAGGCUACAUAAUAGUAAAAAAACACAACAUUAUAUAUUUAGUUUCAAUGUUUUCCAGGUAAUGACUGUGACAGGAAAAGUUUGUCUUAACGGAAAACUAUUUUCUGUGUGGAAAAUAGUCACCUGCCACAUUUGUGUCAGAAUGAGAAAAUCAACACUGUCUGAGUUUGCACACGUCUAAACACUGGAGACAGGAUUUUACACUUUUUAGUUUUAAAACGACUUGUUUUACAGGACUGCAAAUGUUCAGGUGGUAGCUGCUGGUUUUAAAAACAACACAUUUUUCUAACGGUGGAACAAUGCCUGUGUGUGUGUGUGUGUGUGUGUGUGUGUGUGUGUGUGUGUGUGUGUGUGUGUGUGUGUGUGUGUGUGUGUGUGUGCGCACGCACACGUGUGGGUGUGUGGGUGCGUGUGUGUGUGCAAAGACAUGCAUGUUGUGCAAUGUGAAAAUAACUCACCCCAUAUUCUUUGUGAUCAUUUAAUUGUGCCUUACAGCCUCUUGAUGCAAACCUCUGCGAUGAGUUUUUUAGCUGCAUAUACUGUUUUAAUGUACUGUACGUUUUCAGUUAAGCUUAUUUAUUGGACUGACUGAUUAAAAACUGUUAUAACAGGUCCGACUGAAAAUACCUGCAAAGACCA